AUGAACCUCGUUACCAAGUUUGCGUCUUUGGCCGUCUGGGCUUCUAUUUGUUCCAACUACCAAGUCGUUGCAGAUGUUCGCCUCCCAAACGUCCCUCAAGGCACAAAAGGUUAUACCGAUACUUGCGUCAGAGUCCUCAACCAGGCGCUCAACUGCGACCUGUCUUUGACGUGGGCGACAGAGAUCAACAAAUUUAACGACGAGACGACCAUUGACUCACUCUGCACGUCAGACUGCAGAGCCUCUCUGGACAUUUAUAUCGAGCAGGUGAAGGCCGGCUGCAGUACCAGUCGAUAUGACGGUCCUGACGGAUACAGUUACCACGCCGGCUAUACGGCCGAGCUGGUCUGGGAGCGCUUCAACGUGCUUUGUGCAUCCAAUGCCGCCGGACAAAAUUGCAACCUGGCCUUAGGCAAACUGGCCGGCGUCAACCCGGAGAAUCAACUGAGAACCGCCUCAAGCGACCCAAGCAUGAUGUGUAACGAGUGCGCACUGUCCGUCAUCAAGACACAGCUCGAGAUGCCUUUGGCGUCUAAUGUCGACCUGGCCAGCGGGCUCAGCCAGAUCGCCUCGUCUUGCAAAACGACCGUAGCCGUGACGCCUCCACCCCUCGCAACCCCUGCCUGGAUUUCCCGGGGCACUGCACCAGUUCCAACUUCGACGGCAGCGGCCGCGUGUGCCGGCAAGAUAUACACCAUCAAGGAAGGAGACACGUGCCAGUCUGUCUCAAAGGAGCAGCGCAUCAACACUGCUCAGCUGCUGAUGGCAAACAACCUGAUCACCAGGUGCGGCAAUUUCCCCACCGUCGCUGGAACCUCCUUGUGUAUUCCCACGGCCCUCACUUGCGACCCUUAUAUCAUCAAAACCGGCGACACCUGCACCAACAUCGCCAAUACUGCGAAAGCUACGUGGGCCCAGAUUGUGUCCUGGAACGCAGAGCUCGGGAGCUCGUGCCAAAACGUGGGUCGCUAUGUUGGUGAUGUUGUGUGUAUCUCCAACCCCGGAACCACGUCUGGCUCUGACCCUGCCGUCACCGAUUCUGCCACUGGGCCUGCCUCAACGUCGACUUUGUUUGAGUAA